AUGGGGGCGGAGGCCGAAGGAAUCCCCACGGCAGCAGCGGUGAAGGCCGAGACCGCGACCUGCGGUGGCAGCACCGGCGGCCGCGCGGGCAUCUGGGCGGCAGGGAUGGGUCGGGGGAGGCAGUUCCGGGGUACCAUUGCGGAGCAGGCCGGCAUCCGCGGACCCAGGUCAGAGCAAGCAGAUCCGGGGCGGAGGAAGCCGAAUGGCGGCUGCCUACGUGUCAGCACUGGGCGCGCUACUCGCCCUGGCGUCGUCAUCCUUUUCUCCUCAACAAUACGCAGUACACGGCCAAGUCCUCGUGCCCGGCGACGACGCUCUCGCGGCGCUGGCCGCGGCGGGGAAGCUGCGCACGGACGCGGCCGGUCCACGGACUUCGGCAACAUCACGUCCGCCGCCUUGCUGUUCCCUUCGUCCCCGGCGGACAUCGCGGCCCUGCUCCGGGCCGCGCCGGGGACGACGGUCUCGUUCCGGGGCCGCGGCCACUCCGUCAUGGGCCAGGCCCUGGCCCCCGGCGGCGUGGUCGUCGACAUGCCGUCCCUGGGCCUGCCGGGAGCGGCAUCCGGAGCGCGCAUCAACGUGUCCGCGGACCGCGGGUACGUGGACGCGGGCGGCGAGCAGCAGUGGAUCGACGUGCUGCGGGCGUCGCUCAGGCAGGGCGUGGCGCCGCGGUCGUGGACGGACUACCUGCGGCUCACCGUGGGCGGCACGCUCUCCAACGCCGGCAUCAGCGGCCAGGCCUUCCGCCACGGCCCGCAGAUCUCCAACGUCCUCGAGCUCGACGUCAUCACCGGCAACGGCGAGACGGUGACUUGCUCCAAGGCCCAAAACGCGGACCUGUUCGACGCGGCGCUAGGCGGGCUGGGCCAGUUCGGCGUCAUCGUCAGGGCUCGGAUCGUGCUCAUCUAUACUCACAGCAAUAGAAAAUCUAAAUGAAAGAUUACACUUGUUUUAUAAAGACUGUGUAGUAUAUUAUUUCAUAUGUGUAUAAAUCAAACCAAUUCUUGCUA